AUGGAAUUUUUAACAGUGGGAGAAAAAAUAGAAAUGAUUUUGAUUUAUGGUGAAGCAGGCAGGAAUCUUGAUGAUGCUGUUGAUAUCUACGCUCAGCUUUUUCCGGAUAAAAUUCAAUCACGUACUUCAUUUCGCCGUACAGUCAAGCAGUUUACUACAAACGGGAGUGUUCAACCGAAAAAGAGUUUGUCGAGCAACCGUCACAGUAAAUAUCUCGAUGCAUCGGCGUUUAAAAAAUUGCUAAAUUUCACUAUGCGCAAUGAUUCGUCUUUUGUGAUGGCAGCAGACAAUGCCUGCAAAUGCCACCUUGGAUCAGACAAGCUAACGUCACGGUACGAGUUUAACAUAAAAGAUAGAAAUUUGGCGGUCUGA